AUGCACGGUUCUGUCAAGCUGAGACUCACACGAGCGUCGCUAUCACUAGCGAGGAACUCAAGCACCAGCUCAAGCUCGGAAGGGACUAUCAAAAACCUGGGAGCUAAAAACUCAUCUAUUCUACUCCGAGCGCAAUUAGACAUCAAUGACAUUAUACUGCGACCUCAAAUAUACAAGGACUCAGUCACCAGGAGACAUUUACCCUUGAACUUGAUAUCAGAUAUCGACUUUAUAACUCAGAAUCGCCCAUUGCAAGCUUCGCACCUUGCCACGAUCAAUGCCUUGAAGCGAGAAAGGAAGGACAUCACGGCAAACUUGAACAAUACCCAGGAAAAAGAUGGCGUCAUGUCGAGGCUCAAGCAGAUUAAGCUGGAGUUGCAGCCGUUGGAGAAACAAUUGCGGGAUCUACAGGAGCUCAUCUACGCGAAGGCCGAAGACUUGCCCAACUUGUUGGACGAAAGUGUCCCGCGCGACUCGCAAACUGAUGAAGUUGUAUCCUAUAUCAACAUGGAUCCCGAGGAAGCACAAACCAUAAGCCCCGCUGGAGCAAGGGACCACAGGAGCAUCGGGGAAGAGCUCGGCAUUCUAGAUUUUGUCACCGCUUCACGCGUAUCCGGCUCGUCAUGGUACUACAUGCUCGGCGACGGCGCGUUGCUCGAGCAAGCAUUGGUGCAAUAUGCAUUAUCGCGCGCUCGCCAACGGGACUACAAGAUGAUCACGCCGCCUUCCGUCGUCAAAUCUGAAAUUGUGCAGGCGUGCGGAUUCAAGCCGCAGGACCAAAACAACGAGAAACAAAUAUACCAAAUUGAAGACGAGCCGUUGAGCUUAUGCGGCACGGCCGAGAUCCCCAUGGGCGCAUUCCACUCGUCGACCAUUUUCCCUAGUGGCACCCAAUUCCCCCUCAAAUACGUCGGAGUGUCGCGCUCGUAUCGCGCUGAAGCAGGCGCCAGCGGUAAGGACACCCGCGGCCUCUACCGCGUGCACGAGUUCACCAAAGUCGAACUAUUCCACUUCACUAAACCCCGCGACGCCCAGCGCGAGCUCGACCAGAUUCGCGAUUUUCAAAUUGACCUCGUGCGCAGCUUGGGCAUCCAAGCGCGCGUGCUCAAUAUGUCGCUGGCGGACUUAGGCGCUCCCGCGAUGAAAAAAUACGAUAUCGAAGCUUGGAUGCCUGGCCGUGGCUCGUGGGGCGAGAUCACAAGUAGCUCCAACUGCGGCACGUAUCAAGCGAGACGCUUGGGCACGAGGUACCAUGAUCACCAGGAUCGAGUUGCUCAUGUGGCGACUUUGAAUGGCACGUGCAUGGCGGUGCCGCGGGUGCUUGUUGCUUUGAUUGAGCAGAAUUAUGACCCGGUGGCGAAUGUGGUGCGCGUGCCUAGCGUGUUGUGGCCCUACAUGGAUGGCAAAGAGGUGAUAGCUAAAAACUAA